AUGGGAAACGAACAUCUUCCAUACGCCGCUGACGCCGACAGCCCACUGAAGCCUGCAGAGCUUCAAGUCCUACGAUCGCAAUACGAGAAAGAGGGCGAAUAUGUCUCUCUACAGACCAAGUUCAACUUCGCAUGGGGCCUCAUAAAAUCCUCGUCCCGCGACGACCAACAAGAAGGCGUGCGCCUCCUCUCAGACAUCUUCCGCGCGAGCCCCGACCGCCGACGAGAGUGCCUCUAUUACCUCGCUCUGGGCAACUACAAACUCGGCAACUACGCAGAAGCGCGACGAUACAACGAUAGCCUCAUCGAGCUGGAGCCGAACAACCUGCAAGCGCAGAGUCUGAGCCAGUUGAUCGAGGAUAAGGUUAACAAGGAGGGAUUGAUGGGCAUGGCGAUUGUGGGUGGAUUGGCUGUGGCUGCUGGUGUGGUAGGUGGCAUGUUGGUCAGAGGAGCCCAGAGGAAACGAUAA